UUGAAACAUCCAGCUGAAUGUAAAAGGUGAGCGCCGGCUGCCUGUGUUUCGAUCGCUGGUGUGAUCACUCUGCUGUCGCAGUGGAAAAAAUGCCUUUUGAUCCGUGUUGGGAUUGCUCUACUACGGAGAGGGAAAGGCCUGCCACUGUGCCCAGAGAAUGUUACCCAUGUUUUCUGCAUUUUGAAUAUGGACUUGGACUAUAUAUACUUUUCUCAGACUUAUUGUGUUUUAUAUUCUGUGUCUUUCUCCUCAUCUUUCUCACUUUUUUUGUGUGCAGGGGACGGUAUUUGGGGAUUGAUGUGCCUGUUCUGUUUUUGUGUGGGGAGGAGGGAUUUGGGGGUUUAUGAUAAUGCUGCUGUUCUUUUCCCUCUUGGUUUCAUGCCUAUCUGGAGAAGAAGAACUUCAGAGUUGUAUACUUUGAUAAUAAAUGAACCUUUGAACCUUUACAUAUCACUAUUAUUAAAGGAAUAGAAUACUCCGCUGUGUAUGGCGGGAAAGGCACCACAAAGCCAACCCGAGCGCAUCAACUUGGUUCAGAACCCAUUGUGAGAACUUACUGGGGAAAGACAUUGAAGUGCCUACACUCAGCCCAAUGAUAAGGCAGUGUGUGUGUGCGUGUGCAUGAGUGCAUGUGUAAGAAGUGCUUAUACCGAGUGCUCACCGCCACUGUGUUCACCUUUUUAAAAAUUAAUUUUUAAUAUGAUAAAAUGACACAUGCAGCUGUGGGAAACUCUCUAUUUCAGAAGAUAUUAGAAGAAAUAAACAAAAUAGUCAAAGUUUUGCAUUAAAGGUCAUAUUAAACAAAGCAGGGGUAAAGAUGUAGAGAGGUUUUUGAAGAUACACUCAGUAGCAACGUUAUCAAGUACAGGAAUGGAACCCAGUGUGUCUUCUGCUGCUGUAGCCCAUCCACUUCAAGGGUCAAUGUGUUGUGCAUUCACAGAUGCUCUUCUGCACACCACUGUUGUUAUCUGAGUUACUGUCACCUUCUUGUCAGCUUGAACCAGUCUGGCCAUUCUCCUCUGACCCCCCUCAUUAACAAGGUGUUUUUACCCAUGGAUCUGCUGCUCACUGGAUGUUUUUCAUUCGGCACCACUCCCCAUAAACUCCAGAGACUGUUGUGGAUGAAACUUACAGCAGUUUCUGAGUUACUCAAACCACCCCAUCUGGCACCAGCAGUCAAAGUUACUUAGAUCACAUUUCUUCACCUUUGAACAACAGCUGAACCCCUUGGCCAUGUCUGCAUGCUGUUAAGAAUUGAGUUACAGCCAUAUGAUUGGCUGAUUAGAUAUUUGCAUUAACUAGCAGGCGUACCUAAUAAAGUGGCCAAAUGGUGUAUCUAGUUUGUGCCCUCAGUGCACAGAAGAAAGAUUUCUGAAGUUAUACCACUGUGAAUAGGGAUUGAACAGGAGUUGAAACAGAAUCUUGAUUACUCAUAUAAAUGAGAUUUAGUUCCAAACCCCUAUGGACAGUGCAGUACAGUGCUUGCUGCUGGAUUCUUACAAUAUUACCACAUCCAAAGUUAAAAGUAAAAUUUAUUAUCAAAGUAUGUAGAUGUCACUAUAUAACGUUGAAAGUAAAUGUUAUCAUCGAAGUACGAAUAUCACCAUAUACAACCCUGAGAUUCAUUUUCUUGUCGGCAUGCACAGUAGAACUAGGAAAUCAUUGAAAAAUUACACACAAAGAUUGACAACCAAUGUGCAAAAGAAGACAAUUUGUGCAAAUAUAAUAAACAAACAAACAAACACAUUAAUCAUACUGAAAACCUGACCUGUUGAGUCCUUGAAAAUGAGUCCAUAGCUUGUGGAAUCUUUUCAGAGUUGAGGUGAGCACCAUUUCAUAUUCAAAGGUUCAAGUGUUCUUUUUAUUAUUAAAGUAUGUACGCAGAAUAUAACUCUUGAGAUUCAUUUUCUCCAGGUAGCCAUAAAAUACAGAAAAGCAAUGGUAGUCCCCACCCGCACGAUAAAGAAAAAGAAACAAAACUCGCAAACCCAAACCCCCCAACCUCUCCCUCACACAAAAACUAAGAGAUCGCCCACCUGGACACGGCAGCUGAAACAUCAAACCCCCUCACCCUGAAGCUCCUCAGCACACAAAAAAACAGCGAAAAUAACAUCAAGCACCCAACCCCUCUCUCACCCAAAAAAGUAACAUAUCACUACCCACCGAUCAGUAACAAGAAAGAAAAUGCAGAAAAAUUGAAGGAGACUAAGAUAACAACAUAAUAUAUAAAUCUUCUAGUACAAUAUGUUGUGGAAGUCUUUACACUGGUCUAUUAAAGAUUUUCGGGGGGGGCACCUCACUGUAUGUAAAAUGAAGGGGAGGAAUAGGAAGAGCAGUCUUUUUUAUAGGAUUCAUGAAUUGAAAACUAGAGGACGUGCUUUUAAGGUUUUACAGUAGGUGAAAGUCAUAAUAAGAACUUUAUUACACAGAGGGUGGUAGAUGUGUUGAACCAGCUCCCAGAGGAAGUGGUUGAGUCGGGAAUGUUGGAUACCUUUAAGAGGUCAAUGGGCAGGUAUAUAGACGACAAGAGUUUCAGGGAUAUGGGCCAAGUGCUCGGAAAUGAGAUUAGAUUGAAUAUAUACAAUUGAAUCCUGGUGAUUUUGUGAUCCAAAGGUUUUUCAGAAGAGUGAGGCAUAGGACUUGUUGGUUACAGACAUUUAUGAAGUGCUAUAAAAAAGCAGCACUGUCCAUCAAAGGUAAUGCUCUCCCCUCCCUUGAGCACAUUGACAAGAAGUGCUGCACAAGAAAGCAGCAUCCAUCGUUAAGGAUCCCCACCAUGUUCUAUCUCACUACUACCACCAGGUAGGAUCAGGAGCCUUAGGUCCCACACCGCCAGGUUCAGGAACAGUUCUUACUCUACAACCGUCACACUCCUGAAUCAGCAUGAAUAACUUCACUCACCUCAACUCUGAACCGAUUGCAUAACCUACACACUCAAUUUCUAGAAAUCUCCAAUUAAUAUUCUCAGUAUUUUUAAAAUUUAUGCUAUGUGUCUUCAUUUGUACAUUGGCUAUUUUUCAGUCUUUAUGCAUAGUUUUUCAUAAAUUCUAUUUUUUAAAAUUUUCCUGUAAAUGCCUCUAAGAAAAUGAAUCUUAAGGCAGUAUAUGGUGACAUGUAUGUACUUUGAAAAUAAAUUUACUUUGAUUUCGAACUCCUGCAGUGAUGUCCUGGGCUUGGAUGACUGACCUCCAAAAAAAACACAAUCAGCUUUCUUUAAUUUCCUUGUAUUUCUUCCCGUGUGCUGCAUCUUAUCAAAGUUAGUACGGUGAGGGGCGGCAACUACUGCAAAUGUGAAGGAGUACAGGAUGGGGCAGUGCUCAAGCCGAUACAUACACUGAGUAAGAGUUCCAGUCUCCCAACACUGUCUGUGAGGGGGUUGUACAUUCUCCCUGUGGCCGCGUUCAUUUCCUCCGGGCGCUCCGGUUUCCUCCCACAGUCCAGAAGGGAAGGUAGGUUAAUUGGUCAUUGUAAAAUUGUCCUGUGAUCAGGCGAGGGUUAAAUCUGGGUUUGCAUGGUUCGAAGGGCCAGAAGAGCCUACUUUGCCCUGUAUCUCAACAAAUAAAUGAAUAAAUACAAAAUGCUUAGACAAAAGCCAUUCAGAAUCCUUCCUGUAACAAGGUGAAACUGAACACAAUACUCCGUGGGCCCUCACCAAUGUCUUGUACAAUUGCAUCAUAACCUGUCAACUUCCCUAAUGCCUGGCAUGACAAAGAAAGCCUUCUUCAUAGAUAGAUGGGGGGGGGUCAUCACUUCCCCAGCUAUAGCUUGACCCAUUAUACAGCCUAAUGGCUCAAGGUAAGAAUAACCUCAUAUAGCACUUUUUGGAGCAGCACAGUUGUCUUAGUCUAUUACUAAAAGUGAUCCUCUGUUCAGCCAAGGUGGCAUGCAGAGGGUGAGAAGCAUUGUCCAGAAUUGCCAGGAUAUUCUGUAGGGACCUUUGUUCUACCACAGCCUCCAGUGUGUCCAGAUUGACUUCUAUAACAUAGCCAGACUUUCUAAUCAGUUUAUUGAGCCUGCUGGCAUCACCCAUGUCAAUGCUAUUGCCCCAGUACACCACUGCAUAGAAGAUUGUACUAGUGACAACAGACUGGUAGGACAUGUGGAAGAGAGGCCUGCAUACUCCAAAUGACUUCAGGCAACUCUAGCCCUUCUUGUCCACAGCCUCUGUGUUGGUGCUCCACUCAAGUCUGUCAUCUGGAUGCACUCACAAGGUACUUGUGGUACAUCCACAUCCACAUUCUCACCAUCAAACGUAACAGGGAGCAGUACAGGCUUAGUCUCCGUAAAGUCCAUCAUCAUCUCCUUUGUCUUACUGAUGUUCAGUUAGCACCAUUUGACAAAGCCCUCAACCAGGGCCCUGUAUUCAUCCUUCCGUUCUCCCCAACUAUUGCUGAGUCGUCAGGGAAUUUCUGCAGAUGACAUGACUCGUGUUAAGUCUGAGGUGUACAGGGUAAACAGGAAGGGGAACUGGUUGAAAUGUGCAAAAUUCUUGUGGGAUGUCACAGAGUAAAUGCAGCAAUGGUGUUUCCUUGAGCUGGGCCGUUUGAAAUGAAGGCUCACGGCCUCAAAAUAUGGCGUUGAUCAUUCAACGUACAACAUAAAAAGUUUUUCCACCAAGUGGACCGUGAGUCUUUGAGCUGUAGGAUUUCAGUGCCUGAGAUCAAAAGACAUUUUGAAACUAGGGAAAUGUAAGGGGUUAGUUCGGGAAAAUGGCACCGAGGUAAAAAAAAAUCAUUCAUGGUCUUUUUGAACGGCAGAGUUGGAAUAAGAUGCCAAAUACUGUAGCAAGUUUCUAUGUCACAUUUGAUCUAUUGUCUGCAGCAGUUCACGUUUGCAGCGUGUUCCGAUCCUCCUUCCUGCAUUGCCCCAAAUCAAGAAAGAGUUGAUUCAGCCUUUUGUUGCAAUGUCUGGGAUCAGGACAGUAUUUUGUCUGGCUCCUUAUUGCCUUGCCCACGAUACGUUCGGCCCCUUACUGCGUUGCCUAGACUCAGAUCCUCGGUGUAUUCUUGUCUUGCUGCACUGCCCGGGCAGAAGACUGCAAUAUAUUCUGCAUCUGACGUCUGUUUUGCCCCUUAACUGUGCUGCGCCUUUUCCGGAUUGCAGUAUGUCCUGCACCUGAUGCACUGCCUUAAAACUGGCAACUGUUUUCUCCUUACACUGCACCGACUCAGGAUUGCACUACGUUCCGCACUCGCUCACUAACUCGGGACGUCACCGCACCUGCUCCAGACUGCGGUGUUUACUGCCACUUGCUGCGCUAGCUACGGAGCGGCAGCUGUCCUCCACUCUGCACCGCCUCGCUCGGGACUGCUCACUUCCUCGCCCGUACCCUGCUCCACCAGCCCGGCAUCGCCGCCGUCCACGCAGGCAGCACCUCCACGAGUGCGAGACCCCAGCACACGGGAGGGGAGGGGCGUGUCCCGUGACGUCACCUGACCAAGCCCCGCCCACCCGACCCGGCUGGCCGCCGAGUUUGGCAACGGGCGGGGGGGUUAUCCCGGGCGGCUGAGCAAGCGGAGGUACGCGGGGAGCGCAGUCCGGCCUCAGGGCGCACUUGAACCGUGGGCCGUUCACCUCGCCGGCGCCCAUGGGAAGUUAAUCUUUGAAAGGACGGCGAGAGAGGUGGCGGGUGCAAUCCUUCCAAGGCAUCCUGCUGGUGAGACCUACUCAAACAGUAUUCUUUCCACUGAAUAAUUUAAAACCUCACUUAAUGCCACCUGAAAUUUGGGAAAUUGAUGUUUCACAGCCGAUCCUCCUCUUGGAAUUAAACUACCAGAGGGACUAGAAAGCUGUUUCAGAGUAUCAUGGGAGAACAGGACCAGGGCCAGAUUGUGGCGACAGACAAGGUUGCAGAGAAGUUAAGUUCUACUCUCUCAUGGGUGAAGAACACAGUGUCUCACACUGUCAGUCAAAUGGCUAGUCAGGUGGCAAGCCCGUCCACUUCAUCGCUUCACACUACAUCUUCAUCAACAACGCUCUCUACACCUGCACUUUCACCAGGAUCACCAGCUACACUUAGUCCUGAUGACUUGGAGCUUCUCGCAAAAUUAGAGGAACAAAACAGGCUACUGGAGACUGACAGCAAGUCUCUGAAAUCUGUAAAUGGAUCUCGACGCAAUAGUGGAUCUUCCCUGGUAUCCAGUUCUUCUGCCUCCAGUAACCUGAGCCACCUGGAAGAAGAUUCCUGGAUACUGUGGGGGAGAAUUGUUAAUGAGUGGGACGAUGUACGUAAAAAGAAAGAGAAGCAGAUGAAGGAACUUGUUCGAAAAGGGAUUCCUCAUCAUUUCCGAGCUAUUGUGUGGCAAUUACUAUGCAAUGCACAAAAUAUGCCCAUCAAAGAUCAAUAUUCAGAGCUUUUGAAAAUGACCUCACCAUGUGAAAAACUUAUAAGGCGAGACAUUGCAAGAACGUACCCAGAACAUGAUUUUUUUAAAGAAAAAGACAGUCUAGGACAAGAAGUUUUAUUCAAUGUGAUGAAGGCCUAUUCCCUUGUAGAUCGUGAAGUUGGUUAUUGCCAAGGGAGUGCUUUCAUAGUUGGGCUUCUUCUUAUGCAGAUGCCAGAGGAAGAAGCAUUUUGUGUUUUUGUGAAGCUAAUGCAAGACUAUAGACUCCGAGAGCUAUUCAAACCUAGUAUGGCUGAGCUAGGCCUUUGUAUGUACCAGUUUGAGUGGAUGAUCCAGGAACAGCUACCAGAACUUUAUGUGCACUUUCAAUCCCAGAGUUUUCACACGUCCAUGUACUCUUCCUCCUGGUUCCUAACCAUCUUUCUGACUACAUUUCCAUUACCAGUUGCCACAAGAUUAUUUGAUAUUUUCAUGUCAGAGGGUCUAGAAAUAGUUUUUCGUGUUGGCUUGGCUAUACUACAGUCUAAUCAGGCAGAAUUGAUGCAGCUUGACAUGGAGGGAAUGUUACAGCAUUUUCAAAAGAUCAUUCCACAUCAGUUUGACAGUGGCCCUGACAAAUUAAUCCAAGCAGCUUAUCAAAUUAAAUACAAUGCAAAGAAAAUGAAGAAGUUGGAAAAGGAAUACACUACCAUAAAAAAUAAAGAGAUGGAAGAACAAGUAGAAAUUAAGAGGUUACGCACAGAAAAUCGAUUGCUGAAACAACGCAUUGAAACAUUGGAGAAGGAAAGUGCUUCUUUGGCAGAUAGAUUGAUUCAGGGACAAGUGACAAGGGCACAAGAGGCAGAGGAAAACUACCUCAUUAAACGGGAGCUGGCCACCAUUAAACAGCAGAGUGAUGAGGCUAGUGCUAAGCUGGAGAAAGCUCAGAAUGCCUUCAGGGAACUCCAAGAGCAACGGCAUAAAUGUAACCCACGGUACAGUGAGGAUUUUGUUCUGCAGUUGGAGACUGAGCUCGUGCAGGCAAGGUUAAGAGAAGCAGAGUCACAAUGUGCACUUAAAGAGAUGCAGGACAAAAUCCUGGACAUAGAAAAGAGAAACAGCUCCUUGCCUGAUGAGAAUAACGUGGCCAGAUUGCAAGAGGAGCUUAUUGGAGCAAAACUAAGGGAAGCAGAGGCAGUAAUGAGUAUUAAAGAACUUGGGCAGCAGGUUAAAGAUUUGGACGAUCAUUGGCAGCGUCAUCUGGCUAGAACUACUAGCAGGUGGAAAGAUUCACCUCGAAAGAAUGCUGUGAGUGAACUGCAGGAUGAACUGAUGACUGUACGCCUCAGAGGAGCAGAAACACAGGCUGAAUUGAAAGAGGUUAAGCAACGAAUGUUGGAACUUGAAACACAGAACCAAAUCAGCAGUAACCAGCUGUGUCGAGCAGAAAAGGAGUGCAACAGCCUCCGUGAGAAGGUGCAAUAUCUCUCAGCCCAGAAUAAGGGACUACUCACUCAAUUAAAUGAAUCCAAACGGAAAAUGGCUGAAAUGGACUGCAAGAAUAAAGAAGAUGUGAUGGCAGUAAGACUUAGAGAAGCAGACAGCAUUGCAGCCAUGGCUGAACUUCGACAGAAAAUCGCUGAACUGGAAAUGCAGAAAGAAGAGGGUAAAGUUAAAGGCCAGCUUAAUAAUUCAGACUCCACCCAAUAUAUAAGAGCACUGAAGGAUCAGAUAGAAGAGCUGCAACAUGAGGUCAUGUGCCUAAAAGGGCAGAGGGACUUCUCAGACCGACACACUUUUGAUCGGAUCCACAUUGUGAAUCACAUCGCUGACGAUGACUCAUUCCACUCCUCUGAUGAAGAUCUGAUUCCAAAUACUCUGAGGGUUCGUGGUCUUCGGGGUGUCCCUCACCAUUUUCACCACCUCAGCAGAAAUGUACAAAUGGAAGCUAAUGAUAAGGACAGUGAGGACAGUACAGACAGUGACAGUGAGGAUACAGCGCUGCAUCCUUGUCACUACAGCCAGAUUAGUCAGAAUGUCUGCACAAAGGGGCAGGACCAUACGGAAUCUUUCUCCACCACCGUGUGACCAUCACUGUGAAUGUGAGGCUUUCUGGUUCAUUUCAAAGACCAGAUGGGCUCCAGUCAUUCAGACUUGAAUGCAGUUUUCAGUCUUGCCUGCUGAUUAAACUAAAGGGACUGAUAUGAGAAAUUACAUGGGGGUCUACCAUUGAAAUAGUGGAGACAAAGCACCAGAUUUCAUACUGUAUAUUUUGUUUUGGAAGGGGGGGGAGGGGUUGCAAGGAGGAUGUCGUUUUACCUGUUCUUUUGUCUGCCUUAAUCUCUGCCAAAACCUUUCCCAAAUAAUUGUUGCCAGAUGCUAAAACAAGAGAGGGCUUGUAAAAUGGACAGGAAAUGAGAUAUUGACAGUAUUAUAUACAGUAUCUUCAUUUGUCUUCUUAAACUUGAAAUACACACUUCCUAAUUUAUUUAGAGAAAAGGGGGGUUUUAUUUUCCCUUUGCUUGAUACUUCAGUCAAUGGAAUUGUGAGCUCUUGGGAUAAUGGUUGAUUAUGGAAAAGAUGCAUCAUCUUGUGCAAUAUUAAUUGUAUUUUAUGCUAAAGAGAACACAUUUUGUUUUUUUAUAAAUGUACCAUGACAGUCGUACAAAUAGAUCUUGUGCCUUUAAGGCAAGGCAAGUUUGGCCAGGAGUCUGUUGGUCAGCGAUCCUAUUUGAGCAUUGGAGUACAAAAACAAGCGAUUGGAACAUGUUAAGGACACAGAUUCACUGUAUGGUAUAUCAUGAUCUUGCUUAGGGUCCCAGCACAACAAUCCAUUUCUUCAAAAAAUUACUUUUUUAAGUAAAAAAAAAUCAAAUGCUGAGAUUGCUGUUUAUACAUUCACCCAUUUUCACCCAUUUUAGUUUAUGCUGAGUUUUCAUUUGAAGUGUCUGAUACAAAGUGAUGUACCAGUGAUAUGUGUUCCAGCAAUAUCUAAUUUUACAUGCUAAUUUGCUAUGACAGAGAAAUAUAGUUGAACCUUAAUAUAACUAUGUUUUAUUCUUAACUGAGAAUGCAUAGGAUUGCAUUUCUGUCAUUGUGUAAAUCAACCACUUCAGAAUUGGAGAUUUCAACAUAGGCAUGGACUGAUUACCGAGUUUAUACCAUUCGAGGAAAUGCAGAAACACUAUCAGGAAACUCUGUUAUGCAGAAAUAAGAAAACCUCCUCAGAAAAUAUCUUUGUUAAAUAUAUGUUAGCUCUGCUUGGCAGUUGUUAACACUAGCUUUUUCACUUCACUAAUGAGAAUGCUUGUAUAAACACUAUCAGUGCUUCUCUUUUAACUAUAAAUUAUAACAGAAUUACAAUAAACUUUUCACAAUUUUAAUGGGAUCGUACUGUAUCUUCUUUAUGUGAUUUUUCCAUUACUGAUGUAACGGAUUAUUAAAACUGAAAAGGGAAUGCAAAUUAUAGACAUUGUUCCAUGUUUUAAAAUUGUAAAAUUCCUCAUGUCCACAAAUAAACUGUUGGUAUCUUUCA